AUGCCCUCCCACGACGGCCGCGGCUACUUCUUCACCCCUCCUGACCACUCCCCCUCCGCCUCCGAGCUCGACUACAACCACCUGCCGAUCAGAACCCACUCCCUCAGCUCCUUAUCCGAAAACAACUCCCUAGAUGGCCACCGCGACGACGACCUGCUCUCCAUCUCCUCAUCCCUCUCCCUCACCCCCUCAGCCUCCAGCAGCUCGUCCGAUCUAAGGCCGCAUACCCACCAGCAAGCCGAGAUGUCUCCAGAAGAGGCCGAGCUGCUUCUCACCCCCAUGGCCAUCUCCGCCGGCCUCUCCCACCACACCAGCAGCAGCCCCAUCAUCCAGCGCCCAGCAGCAGUCUCCUCGAGAUCCUCCCAUCGCUCCCUCGACCCGCGAGCCCCGCCACGGACCACUCGCUCUCGCCGCACCCUCAGCCGCUCCUCGCGCCGCUCCCCCAUCACACCCAUCGCCCCCUCCGCCCGAAACCAUCCCCCAAUCGUCAUCAUCCCCCCCGCCUCCGCCUCCUCCUCCUCCUCCUCUGAUAAGAAAAUCAACCAGCUCUCGCCCUCCCGCAUCGCCGCCCUCAGCUUCUUGUCCAACGUCGCAUCCAAAAUCCUCGACCUGGACUCCGAUACCAUCUCCCUGCUGUCCAGCCCAUACGACCCCCAACCUCCCCAAAACCAGCCCCACCAACACCUGUUACAGCCUCGGCCGGAUUCGUCCAAGACGACCAAGCGCCGGGGCCCGCCGCGGUUUUCGAUCGGAGACGACGACCCGAGGCUGCCGACGACGCACGACCAAGACAUGGUCAGCCCGCCGCUAGACCUGUCGGGCUUCAUGCCGCCGAGCGCCUGCUCGGUGUGGCGGACACCUUCCAGCUCGGCUGGCUUCCAUCAACGCCCCCGCUCCCAUCCCUUGCCGUCAUCCCCAGACAAUGAGAGCUCUUCCACAGACUCAAUGGCCACCGUCUUGCUCUCCAAAGUCCUCAACGAAUGGACUAAUUGGUAG